AGCAAUGUAUUGACUCCAGAAAAUGUUGUGGCAAGACUCAAGUACAGGUACGACAGGGAGAUUGACCGUGCAGAGCGGCCAAUCCUAAGAAAGAUAAUGGAGCAUGACGAUGUCCCUCAGAAGACCAUGAUCCUUUGUGUAGCUAAUGUUAAGAAGACUCCAGAGACCACUCAUGGAGAUGGAGUUGCAGAUACAAGACCUCGAAGUCCAUAUCUUGCCUCAGAAACUAUUCUGGAACUCACAGAUGGAUGGUAUAGCAUUGAUGCACUGACUGACACAGCCUUAUCAAGAUUUGUGUUGGAGGAGAAAGUGAAGAUAGGAACCAAGCUGUUAGUCCAUGGAGCAGAGAUGGCCAAGCACUCUCCACCUUGUCACCCACUGCAGGCUUCUACUUCUGUUUGCCUACGCCUGCACGCCAACAUGACACGAAGAGCCAAGUGGUGGUCACGCUUGGGCCUUGUACCCCAGUGUGGGCCUCUGCCUACAAUGAUCCGGGGAAUUCAGGGAGAUGGAGGUCUUGUGGGCCGACUAACUGUCCUAUUGGCCAGGGUGUAUCCCCCUCUAUACUUCGAGAAGACAGGAGGGAAGUCUGUUUUCCGGUCUGAAAGGGCCCAUGACAGACUUUUGAGGGAGAAUCUGCAGGAAAAGGAACGAAAUGUGCACCAGAUACUGGCUGAGGUUGAGCGAGAGUUUGAUUCACAGGCUGUAUCCCAGAAGCAAAGUAGAAAGACAAGUAGUUCAGCGUUGAGGGGUGAGGAGAUACGCAAUUUGACAUCAGGCAAGGACAUCGCCCAAGUCAUGGAGGAGGCAUUGGAUCCAUCCAGCUUGGAGGGCUUACUCAGUACUCACCAGAUAGAGCUCGCAAGGUCGUGGAGGCUUAGGGAAGCUGAGGAGAGAAAGAGGCUUAUUAAUUUGGAAGUUCAGCGAAGGUUGGCCAAGAAGCAGAGGCUGUAUGAAGCU